AUGGAAGAUUACAAGUUUUUAUUUAAAGUUGUGCUAGUUGGUAACGCUGGUGUUGGAAAAACUUGUCUAGUGAGAAGAUUUACACAGGGACUAUUUCCACCUGGCCAAGGUGCUACAAUUGGAGUAGAUUUCAUGAUUAAAACUGUAGAAGUGGACGGAGAAAAAGUAAAGCUGCAAAUAUGGGACACUGCUGGCCAAGAAAGAUUUAGAUCGAUUACACAGAGUUACUACAGAUCAGCUCAUGCCUUAAUUCUUGUUUACGAUAUAUCCUGUCAGCCAACAUUUGAUUGUUUACCUGACUGGCUAAGAGAAAUUGAAGAAUAUGCAAAUAAUAAAGUCUUAAGGAUAUUGGUUGGUAAUAAAACUGACAGAGAGGACAGGGAAAUACCGAGGCAUAUUGGGGAAGAUUUUGCACAACGGCAUGGCAUGUAUUUUCUUGAGACCUCAGCAAAGGAAGCAGAAAAUGUGGAGAGAUUGUUUAUGGAAAUUGCUGUGGAAUUAAUGGAACAAGCUAAAUGCAAGGAAUUACCAAAAUAUGACGGUAGCCUAGGACCAAUAAAUGGCAAAACAUCAUCGGUAGAUAGCCGUCGUGGCGAAGGCUCACAUUCCGUAUUAAAAACUGAACGACUGAAUUGGCUGAAAAUGGCUUGGCGUUUUAAGGCUUCUAAGUAUAAAAAUGCUGCACCUAUAGUUCCAAAACCUGAAGCAUGUAUAAGAGAUAUAUGUGUUGGGUCUUAUCAGACAUAUGGGAACAAUAUAUGUGCAUCAGCAUCAUUUAUGGCAUUUAAUUGGGAGCAUGUAGGGUCCAGUAUGGCUGUCUUACCGCUGGAUGACUGUGGCAGGAAAAGCAAGACAAUGCCUCUGCUUCAUGCACACUCUGACACUAUAACAGAUAUGGAUUUCUCACCAUUUCAUGAUGGGCUACUUUUAACUGGAUCUCAGGAUUCUUUGGUGAAAGUAUGGCAUAUACCACCGGAAGGGCUUAAAGAGUCCUUGUCCACACCGGAAUGCACUCUGUCUCAAAAACAGAGAAGAGUUGAAAAUGUGGGCUUCCAUCCUGUUGCUGAUGGACUUGUACAUGUUGCUUCAGGCUAUGAGUUUGCACUAUGGGAUUUGACUAAGCAGAAAGAGGCUUUUGUAAACAAAGAUCACACUGAAGUGAUUCAAUCGACAUCAUGGAAGAAGGAUGGAAAGCUUGUAGCUACAUCGUGCAAAGACAAGAAAGUGCGCAUUUUGGAUCCUCGUGUUGAAUCGCCUGUAUUGAAUGUGGCUAAUAGUCAUCAGAAUAUCAAAGAUAGUCGGCUGGUCUGGCUUGGAGACACUGAAAGAAUAUUGACUACUGGUUUCGACUCGGCUCGUCUGCGUCAAAUAAUGAUUCGUGAUAUCCGGAACCUAUCUCAAACACAAAAGACCCUGGAACUAGACUGUUCCACUGGAGUGCUGAUGCCUCUGUUCGAUCCUGACACCAACAUGCUGUUCCUUGCUGGCAAGGGAGAUACUACUAUUUUAUACAUGGAAUUGACGGAUAAAGAGCCUUAUUUGAUCGAAGGGUUACGGCAUUCUGGUGAACAAACAAAGGGCGCCUGUCUCGUUCCAAAACGUGCUCUUCGUGUGAUGGAAGGUGAAGUCAACAGAGUUCUGCAAUUAACCGGGUCUUCUGUCGUGCCUAUUAUGUAUCAAGUACCUAGAAAGAGCUACCGAGAAUAUCAUGCUGAUUUGUACCCAGAUACAAGUGGUGCAGUUACUUACCUCAGCGCCCCGAUGUGGCUUGAAAAGCAGGACCAUCCAGUACCUAACAUAUCUUUACAUCCUGAUGCCAAUAAUUGUACACAGGUACUACACCGCGGAAAUUUAGAGGAGUUAGUUGCCAAAAUUCUCGCUAUGCCUGUUCCAAAAAAGAAUGAUAACAAAAUUGUCCAACAAAUCAACACAGAGGAAGCGAAACCGGUACAGUCUCAGAUACAAACUUCUGACAAGGAAGAAGAAGAUCGCAUUGACUUCGUAAAUGUCAAGGACAUGAUUAAGGGGAUGGAGAAACAAAAAGUUGAACCAAAAGAGUAUUCCAAAGAAAAUGGAUUCCUCAAGAAAAUGGACAAUGGCCAUGAAGAAAAGGAUGAUAAGAGAGAUAGUUUGGAUAAAACUGAUUCUGAGUCGAGCGAGAGCUUAUCCAGAAGUAAUAGUUUGAUUAACGGCAUCCAAGCGCCGAAACCUCUGCCUAGAUCUUCUAUAUCAGAGGCUGGUUCUGCUAGUGAAGAUGGAGAGGCUCCUAAACCUAAACCACGGACUACUGCUAUGCCAGUGUCUGGUUAUAAGCCGCGUCUAGGACCAAAGCCGUUUUCAGCGACAACUGGCAGUGAUGAGUUCUCUUUUGACAAAGUAUUCUCCGUACCGGCGGUACCAGGAGUGAACAAGAAUGAAACAGCUACGUCGCCUGUAGCUGCCCCUCAAGCUGGAACACCUGUGACAUCAACUCCAAUUUCCAGAGACGAUGAUAAAGACAAGUCUCUAUCACCCACCAGUGAUGUUGAAGUCGCCCCCAAAGAAGAGUACACUAAUGGAAAGUCGGACACAAGUGUGGAAGAAGAAGUUAAUAGUUCUGACUCGGGCUACAUACCAAAAACCCCAAGCACAGCUGACAGGCGGAAGGUGUUUGAAACUACAGACGGUGUAAAAUCAAUAGCUGACAGACGACGUGCAUACGAAGUUCGUUCAUUAAGCACAGCUCCAGAAACGGAGGCGCCAUUGUCACCAGCCCCGCUUAGGCGAAGGGAUUCCCUAAAGUCCCGCAAGAGCCCCGACAGAGAAGAGAAACGUUCUUCCGUACCCAAUGUGACGACAAAAAGGACAUCAACCGUUUUUGGCAAAGUGUCGAAGUUUCGUCACUUGAAGGGUACACCAGGUCACAAGUCGACACAUGUUGAGAACAUAAAGAACAUUAGUCGACAGAUUUCUGGUGAAUGUCAUGGAUUUUGUGCUAACGGUUAUCGUUGUGCCGUACCCGUGAGCGCUGGUGGGGGUGGCGGUCGCGUGGCCGUUAUAGAGCUCCCAGUUGGAGCCACUCCGCACUCCAAAGCGGCACCGUCGCAUCCUGCUGCGUUACAUCCUCAUGCACUGCUGCACUCCGCGCCAUUGCAGGACUUCACUUUCGACCCCUUUAGGAACGAGCGUUUGAUGGUGGCCUGUGAUGAUGGAAUGAUACGCGAAUGGAUUAUUCCGGAAGGAGGUCUAUCUGAAUCAUCAAACGAGCCGAACCGUACUUUCUCCGCGCAUCCGGAUAAGAUCUACAUCAUCCGAUUCCAUCCGACUGCGUCUGAUCUCCUUACCACUGCUGCGCAUGACCUUACCGUCAAGAUUUGGGAUCUAGCCAAGGACGUGCCAACUCCGGAGAUCACCUUAACGGGUCACACUGAUCAGAUAUUCGCAUUGGAUUGGUCUUUGUACGGUGAAUACUUGGCUACUGUGUGCAAGGAUGGGUUGGUUAGGAUAUACAACCCGCGUGUUUCGUCCGCUCCUAUUCGCACUGGCCCGGGCGCAACGGGAACUCGCGGUGCACGUAUUGUUUGGGCGUUGAACGACACACACAUUGUUGUCACAGGGUUUGACAAAGUAUCGGAACGUCAAAUCCUGCUGUACAAGGCUAGUGACCUGUCCGCACCUGUGUGCACAGUUGGUUUGGAUGUUUCGCCCGCCAUCUUGUUGACUCACAUUGAUCACGACUCUGCUACGCUGUUUCUUACUGGACGGGGUGAUUCAACGAUCUACUGCUAUGAAGUGACAUCCGAGGCGCCAUAUUUGUGCGCGCUGUCCCACCAUCGCGCACCCACUCUCCACCAAGGGAUCUGCUUCUUACAGAAGAAUACAUUGGCUGUUGAAAAGGUCGAAUUUGCAAGGGCCCUCCGACUUACAAACGGAAAUGUUGAACCACUGUCAUUCACCGUACCCAGGAUAAAGAGUGAGUUGUUCCAAGACGACUUGUUCCCGCCAACCCUAGUGACGUGGCAGGGCUGGCAAAGCGCUAGGGACUGGCUCGACAAAAAACCUCUGUCCCCCAAGAUUGUAAGCCUCCAACCACCUGGAAUGGAGCCUCUGUCUGCGCACACGGCUCCAGCGAACGUGCCGAAGGAGAAGCCCGCGCAGAAACCGAAGCCCGAUCUCAUCAAGUCGCACGUACCGCUCGACGCCAAAGAGAAACAGGAUAGCAUAAUGAAAUCAAUGAGCGCCAAAGUCACCGUCAACUUGAAACUCGAGCAAGACAGUAUGGAAGGUGUCGAAGAAUCCGAAUGGGACCAGUGA